UUCCAGAUUCUCCUUCCAUUUUUCCUAAUUAUUGUUCUUCAACAACACAAACAAUUCAGUAAUGACGUGAAACUUCAUCAAAUCAUCCCAUUCUUUCCGAUUUUGAAUUUGAUUAUCAAUGGAGUGCUUUGGAGCUCGGAACAUGACGGCGACAAUGGCGGUUUUUUCGUGCCCUAGAUUCAUCAACUAUAAUAUCACGCACGGAUUUUCAUUACUACAACAUCGAAGAUUUACUAGUUUAUCAUUAUCGUCGUCGUUGCGGCAAAUUAAGUGCAGCGCUAAAACAGACGGUUGUGUAGUGGUUAAAGAAGGGAUUUCCGAAGAAGAUGAAGAAGAUUAUGUGAAGGCCGGUGGAUCGGAGCUACUUUUUGUCCAAAUGCAACAGAAUAAGGCUAUGGAUAGCCAGUCUAGUCUUUCCGACAAGCUGCCACAGAUACCGAUUGGAGAUUGCAUAUUGGAUUUGGUUGUAAUUGGUUGUGGUCCUGCUGGCCUUGCUCUUGCUGCAGAAUCAGCCAAGCUAGGCUUGAAUGUUGGACUUAUUGGGCCUGAUCUUCCUUUUACAAAUAAUUAUGGUGUUUGGGAGGAUGAAUUCAUAGGACUUGGACUUGAGGGAUGUAUUGAACAUGUUUGGCGGGAUACUCUUGUAUAUCUUGAUGACAACGAUCCCAUCCUCAUAGGUCGUGCCUAUGGACGAGUUAAUCGUGAUUUACUUCAUGAGGAGUUGUUGAAAAGGUGUGUGGAGUCAGGUGUUUCAUAUCUGAGCUCGAAAGUGGAAAGGAUAACUGAAGCUCCAAAUGGCCACAGUCUCAUCGAGUGUGAAGGCAAUGUCACCAUUCCAUGCAGGCUAGCUACGGUUGCAUCUGGAGCGGCUUCAGGAAAACUUUUGCAGUAUGAACUUGGGGGACCCCGUGUUUGUGUUCAAACAGCUUAUGGUGUAGAGGUUGAGGUUGAAAACAAUCCCUAUGAUCCAAGCCUAAUGGUUUUCAUGGAUUAUAGAGACUACACCAAGAAUACAGCACAAUCUUUAGAAGCAGAAUAUCCAACAUUCCUUUAUGCCAUGCCCAUGUCUCCAACUAAAAUAUUCUUUGAGGAAACUUGUCUGGCUUCAAGAGAUGCCAUGCCUUUCAAUCUAUUGAAGACAAAGCUCAUGUCUAGAUUAAAGACAUUGGGGAUCCGAAUAAUCAAAACUUAUGAAGAGGAAUGGUCGUAUAUUCCAGUAGGUGGAUCCUUGCCGAAUACUGAACAAAAGAACCUUGCAUUUGGUGCUGCUGCUAGCAUGGUGCAUCCAGCCACAGGGUAUUCAGUCGUUAGAUCGCUCUCAGAAGCUCCUAACUAUGCAGCAGUAAUUGCAAAGAUUUUAAGGCAAGGCCAUUCAAAAGAGAUGCUUGCUCGGGGAAGAUACACAACGAACAUCUCAAAGCAAGCUUGGGAAACUCUUUGGCCACUGGAAAGGAAAAGACAGAGAGCAUUCUUUCUCUUUGGCUUAGCACUCAUCGUGCAACUGGAUAUUGAGGGCACACGUACAUUCUUCCGUACUUUCUUCCGCUUGCCCACGUGGAUGUGGUGGGGGUUUCUAGGAUCUUCUCUAUCCUCGACGGACCUAGUACUGUUUGCGUUUUACAUGUUUAUCAUAGCACCUCAAAGCCUAAGAAUGGGGCUCGUUAGACAUCUACUUUCUGAUCCUACCGGAGCAACCAUGGUAAGAGCAUAUCUCACCAUUUAGAUAUGGUGAUUCGAUUCGUUAUUAUAAGAGCCAGAUCCUGCACAUAUAAAUUGAAUACCUUAUUUGUGUUUCAUGCUUAAGGAUACAUCAACAAACACAAUGAUCAAAUUAUGAAGCAUUUUCUUGUAUCAUUAGCAUGUCUGCUCCUCCCAGUUGGGAUUGCGGACAAUGGGCAAAAUGGUCUUCAUUAUUUAGC